AUGGAUUCAUGGGCUGAUAGAAUUCAUCUUGCAAGGACUAUUAACUACCAAUUUCUGAAGUUUGAUAGUGUCCAGCUCUCUGCUUUGAUACCAUCUGCUAGUGAGGAUGCAGUCAAUCUUAUUCAGGUGCUUUGUUCUCGGAAUCCUUGCAAUAGGCCCUCUGCUGAGGAGGCAUUAAUUAAGAAACAUCCUUUCUUCAGAAGUUGCUUUUAUAUUCUUCCUCCUCUUCGUUUCGAUGCCACUGUUAAUGGAGCAAUUCUAUCUACUGGAACAAGGGAAGGAUCACAGCAGAAACGUGAUAAGAGACAUCGUGGAGCUUUGUCUAAUUCAACUCUGAAUUACUAUUUUCCUUUCCCCGAUUACAAGUUGACAAUGGUGAUAAGUGACAUCGUACAAGUUCAGAAAGACCAGUUCCUUGAUCACCAUGCAUACGAUGCAAGCUACCCAUCCUCAACACCAGUGGACGCUCCCAAUAACGGUUGUAGGGAAAACGACUAG